GCGCAGACUUAUCUGGGCCCCCCCGCACAAGGCUUCUCCCGUGUCGCCUGCCCAUUUCUACAGGUCGCAACCUUUCCACCCAGGCCAUCAGUUGCUCUCCAAGGUACGACACGCCGCUGCUCUCUACCAUGUUCGACUCGCGCGUCUUCCUGGGAACCUGCCUCCGCGCAGUCUGGCCAGCCCGCUUGCUUUCGCAUCUUUCACUGUCGCAGCCCCAUCCCGCUUGGCCCUGAGUCCCCGAUUGUAUUCUGCACAGGCUCCUUCCAUUCUGCACCUCUCGCUCACUUCCAGCUCCAGGCUAGGUUCCCGCUGACAAGGACCGCACAAAGCCGCCAUGACCGAGGUGUCUAGCACCCGCCUCUACUUGGGCAACCUCCCGCGCAAUGCCACCAAGGCCGACGUCGAGGCCCAUUUCCAGACCCAUGGCACUGGCGAGAUCACCGAGAUCAAGCUCAUGAAUGGCUUCGGCUUCAUCGAGUACAAGGACGCGAUGGACGCGCGCGACGUUGUCCCUGCCUUCCAUGGAUCCGACUUUAUGGGCGAGCGCCUCAUCGUCCAGUUCGCGCGGGGAUCUCGUCGCAACGAAAACUUCACCCCCAACGAGCGCGCCGCUCCGCGCCCUCGCCGUACUCCGUUCAGGAUGAGGAUUGCCAAUCUUCCCGUGGAGACCAGCUGGCAGGUUAGAUACCCCGAUUCUUGGAUUUCCUGUCUUUCCGGUUAGCGCCGUAUAUCCGCAAUCUGGAAAGGCUUUGUUCAGCGUGCUCCCCGUUCCUGCGUCUCUGGAUUUGGACUCCCUUUAACCUCGCGUCUACAGGAUCUCAAAGACUUUGCCCGUCAGUCUGGACUGGACGUCGUCUAUUCCGAAGUUGGCCGCGAACGUGACGGCACUGGAUUUGUCGAGUAUGAAACGGCUACCGAUCUCCAGACAGCCGUCGAGAAGCUC